AUGCGUUCUCUCCCAUCCACCUCCGUGACCCUCCUCACCACCCUCCUCUCCCUGGGUGCAACGACAACCGCCACCCCUAGCCCUAACUGCGCCAACAGCACCAACCCCUACACCCUCUACCCGGUGACCACCAACAUCACGAUCCCCGAGAUCGCCGCGCGCACCAACCGCAGCCUCUGCGACAUCGCGCGCCACAACCUCAUGGCCGACCCCCUCAUCCCGCCCAACAUCGGCCAAACUAUCGUCAUCCCACCCCUGAGCUGCGCCUCCUCCCCACCGGACAACGAAUCCUGCCUGAUCCCCAACAUCACGCGCACGGCGCUGUGCAUCAACGGCGGGCCGCGCCUCUACUACACCGUCCACGGCGACACCUACGACAUCAUCGCGCGGCGGCUGAACAUCUCCACCGCCGCAUUGAUGGGCAACACUUCCACCUCCAUCGCCGCGACCUCGUCGGCCGAUGCCCUGCUGGAGGUCGGGCAGUUCAUCAAGGUGCCCCUGUGCGAGCCCAGCCAGUGCAGCAUCAAGCCGUUUACGCUGGAAUACGGCGUGUACAAGGACCUGGCGGAUGAGUAUGGCACGACCGUGGGCCAAAUUAUGAUGCUGAGCCCGACGUAUAAUUACAGUACGUCGUUGGUGACCGGGAACACGCGGCCGACGCUGGAUUUGCCGUUCAACUGUUCGGUUACCGGAGAUGAUGUGGUGGUUGUGGAUUAA